ACAUCGACUUCUGGCAUCUAUCGACCAACAACCGCCACACCCAACAACACCAUCAAAUCAUCCAUCAACACCAUCAACAAUGGCUCGUACCAAGCAAACCGCCAGAAAGUCAACCGGUGGCAAGGCCCCUCGCAAGCAACUUGCUUCCAAGGCUGCCCGCAAGUCUGCUCCGUCUACCGGAGGUGUCAAGAAGCCCCACAGAUACAAGCCUGGUACCGUCGCUCUCCGUGAGAUCCGUCGUUACCAGAAGUCCACCGAGCUCCUCAUCCGAAAGCUCCCCUUCCAACGUCUGGUUCGUGAGAUCGCCCAGGACUUCAAGUCUGACCUUCGCUUCCAAUCUUCUGCCAUCGGUGCUCUCCAAGAGUCCGUUGAGGCAUACCUCGUUUCUCUGUUCGAGGACACAAAUCUUUGCGCGAUCCACGCCAAGAGAGUCACAAUUCAAAGCAAGGACAUUCAGCUUGCCCGCCGCCUUCGCGGAGAGCGAUCUUAAAUUUGCUUCGACAAUCGGCACCGCAUUUUCGACAUGGCAGUCCUCGCAUCGACUCACCGGUCUUCAGAAUGGUGAUAUCGGGUUGGCAGGCUGGAUGCUAAAUUUGAGGUGAUCAUAAUGGGCUGGGUCUGGGGGUUAUCGCAAAUGGUUUAUGGCAUGGAGUUUUUCGCGCUUUUUCAAUGGGUG